GGCGGGCGGUUGAGCAGGCGGAGGCAGCAUUCUCCUGGAGAAGCUGGCUGCUCAUGGCUUGGACAAGUGCACUCUGCGCUGGGUUAAAAGCUGGCUGGACGGCCGAGCCCAGAGAGUGGUGGUGAAUGGAGUCACAUCCAGUUGGCGGCCGGCCACGAGUGGUGUUCCCCAGGGCUCAGUGUUGGGGCCGGUCCUGUUCAAUAUCUUCACUGAUGAUCUGCAUGAGGGGGUCGAGGGCACCCUCAGUUUGCAGAUGGCACCAAGUUGGGCGGGAGUGUCGAUCUGCUUAAGGGCAGGAAGGCUCUGCAGAGGGACCUGGACAGGCUGCAUCGAUGGGCCGGAGCCAACGGUUCCUUGGACGAUGGAGCCAGCAUCGGUGAGGACCAAAGUCCCCUCCUUCCUGUCUGACCUGGGGAAGGCCACACUCCGGGGCAUCCGAAAAUGUCCCCGCUGUGGCACUUACAACGGCACCCGAGGCCUGAGCUGCAAGAACAAGAACUGUGGGACCGUCUUCCGCUAUGGUACACGCAAGCAGCCCAGCGUCGAUGCCGUCAAGAUCAUCACUGGCUCCGACUUACAGGUUUAUUCGGUGCGGCAGAGGGACAGGGGACCGGAUUACCGGUGCUUUGUGGAGCUGGGGGUCUCAGAGACGGCCAUCCAGACAGUGGAUGGGACCAUCAUCACGCAGCUGAGCUCCGGCCGCUGCUACGUGCCGUCAUGUCUGAAAGCAGCCACGCAAGGUGUGGUGGAGAACCAGUGCCAGCACGUCAAACUGGCCUUGAACUGCCAGACCGAGGCCACCCCUCUCACCCUGAAAAGCUCAGUGCUCAACUCCAUGCAGGCUUCGCCCGAAACCAAACAAACCAUAUGGCAGCUGGCGACUGAGCCCACGGGGCCACUGGUGCAGCGGAUCACCAAGAACAUCCUGGUGGUGAAGUGCAAGGCCAGCCAGAAGCACAGCCUUGGCUACCUGCACGCCUCCUUUGUCCAGAAGAUGAGCGCGAAGACGCUGGCGGACCACAGGUUCUCCUGCUCCUGCCAGGCGCUGAAGCCCGGCAAGGGCGGCCCAGCCGAGGAGGAGGCACCGCCGCCGCGCUGCAUCCACUUCUUCGCCUGCAUCUGCGCCUUCGCCAGCGACGAGAGCCUGGCGCAAGAGUUCGCCGACUUCCUCACCUAUGACUCCGGCGGUUUGAAAGGGAUCGCAGUCCCACAGUUGGUCAGCAGCCCUGAAUCCACGGGGCAGGCAGGGGAGGCGGCCGCUGCCAAGCCCAAGAAGAGGAAAAAGGAUGUAAUUCCUGGGGCGCAGGCGACCGGCCCUCUCCUGGCUCAAGACACAGCUCACAGCAGCCCCAGGAGAAGCAGCCUGAAGAAGCCGGCUGUCGCCUCCUCGCUGAAAAGACAAGGCUGUAACCAGCUGCUGGACGAGUCGCAGGUGACCCUCUCCUUCCAGGACUGGCUGGCCAGUGUCACUGAACGCAUCCAUCAAACCAUGCAUUACCAGUUUGAGGGCAAGCCCGAGCCGCUGGUGUUCCACAUCCCUCAGGCUUUCUUUGAUGCGCUGCAGCAGAGGAUCUCCAGCGGGAGCACAAAGAAGAGGCUGCCGAACUCCACUACAGCGUUUGUCCGCAAGGAUGCCCUCCCCCUGGGCACCUUCUCCAAGUACACGUGGCACAUCACCAACGUCCUGCAGGUCAAGCAGAUCUUCGAUACGCCCGAGGAAACACCUCCCCCACGCAGAAGGAGCCCACCCCCUUCAUCAUCGAGUGGAUCCCCAACAUCCUCCCCCAGUCCCGCAUCGGGGAGCUGCGCAUCAAGUUCCAGUACGGCCACCACGGCAGCCGCCAGCCCGGCCCUGGCCCCGAGCACCGGCCCCCCACCACCAUGGAGCCAGCGCUGGAGCUCACACCGCUCACCACCAUCACCUUCCCCUGAGCCCCCCAGGAGAGGACUGGGGGGCACACAGCCCCAGGGCAGCCCACCAUGGACCUGCAAACACGAACGGCAUCGUUCCAGCACACACCGCUGCUUCUCAGGCACCAGAAGCACCCACAAAAAUAAAACUCCCGCUGACUGGGUGCCCUGAGCCUCCCUGCACCCAGCACAGGGCAGGGGGGAAGGUGGGGGCUACGCCCUGGAAAACCCUCCCCCAGGCAGGGAGUCUCAGCCCGAGGGCAGCCCCUGCCCAGGCAGCGCAGCCCAGGGUCGAAGUGGGGGCUCCGACCAACACCCCAAGCACAGGCAGGGCUGGGUGCCCCCAGUGGGGCUUGGAUUGACCCAGAGAGCAGCACCCAGCCAGACUGCUGGGGGGGUCAGCCCACCUCAUCACCCCCUGGCAAAGGGGCUCGGAGGGUCCCAACCUGGGUCUCCCCACGCUGCAGAGCCCAGCUCCAUCCCAGCAUCUGCUCCGCGGCUGCAGGCGCUGUACCAGGUCCUGGGCGGGGGGGGGAACUCUGGCAGUGUGUCCCAGCACCCCCCUGCACCCCAGGAGGGGCAGAACCCCCAGCAGGGCCGCUGGCACCUUCCCCGGCACCCCACGGCAGGGGGGGGCGGCACCCCAGGAGCACAGCCAUACCUCGCCCCAUUCUCCAGCAGAGCCAAAGAUGUGCAUCUUCAAGGCUGAGAGUCCGUGAGCUGCUGUGGGUGGGGGGGGAGCAUCCAGGACCCCCCAGCCCUGGGAGGGACCCAUCCAAGGCCCAGCCCCAUCCCCAGGGCAUUGCCUACUGCCGGGGGGGGGGGGGAAGGGGAGGGCACCCCCGAGCUGCAGGCAGCCCCCCAGCGAAGCCACUAAGAUCCCACCCAGACCCACAGCAAAGAAGCUUCACAAACGGCCUCCACCGGGGCACAGAGCCCCCGCCCCCCCCCCCAGAGGGGCAAAGGGGGUCCCCCAGGAAACCAACCCCACCUGAAGCCCCUGGCACUCCCAUGCAUGUGCCCCCCAGCUGCAGGAAGCCCCCAGUUUGCUCCCAUGGGCCUUGCAGGAGAGAAGACGCAGAGAAAAAGAAAUUGAGCUGCAGCUCCGCAUCUCUGCCCCCUGCAGCCCCCCGCAGCCCCCCCAUCGCCUUCCCCUGAGCCCCCCAAGAGAGGGCUUGGCGGGUGGGGGGGCACAGCCCCAGGGUGGCCCACUGUCCCCCUGCAAACACAAACAGCAUCGUUCCAGCAGACACUGCAGCUUCUCAGGCACCAGAAGCACCCACAAAAAUAAAACUCCCGCUGACUGGGUGCCCUGAGCCUCCCUGCACCCAGCACAGGGCAGGGGGGAAGGUGGGGGCUACGCCCUGGAAACCCCCCCCCAGGCAGGGGGUCUCAGCCCGAGGGCAGCCCCUGCCCAGGCAGUGCAGCCCAGGGUUGAAGUGGGGGCUCCGACCAACACCCCAAGCACAGGCAGGGCUGGGGGGGCACUUGGGGGGACC